AUGGAGGCAGCAAUUUCCGGUGGCCAAACGGCCGGCCAAUCUCCGGCGACACCCAUUUUCAAGCCAAGUACAAAGGGGGUUUUUUCCCCUGUCCACAGCUUCACUUUACCAGUUUUGAAAAGCCUCCAUAAAGGAAGAGUCUUGAAGGUUGAGUGUGCCAAAGGGGUUUGGUUACCAGCCGACAAGAAAUUAGCUGCGAAUGAGGAGUUGGACUUGGAAGAGGAAAUAAUCGGACUUAAGGAAUUGAGCAGUAAAUGCAGAGGUGAGUGUGGCGGCAUGGUCGAGCUGCUCGAGUGCUUGGAAAGAGAAGCAAUCAUGGGGGAAGAUGAAGGGAAAGAGCCACAUGAUUAUAACAGAAGGGCACAAAUUUUUGACAAGAGCUCUAGAAUUUUCCUUGCUCUCAAACAGGACAAGAUCAAUUCUGCUGUUUAG